AUGAAGGAGGUUUUGCCCCUCACUGGCCCUUUCUUUGUUGCUUCCUUCCGCCUCAUUCCAGCUGGCUUGCUUUUGGUUGCCUUUGCGGGAUUCAAAGGCCGCCCUCUUCCCUCUGGACUCACUGCUUGGCUCUCCAUCACUCUCUUCGCCCUUGUUGAUGCUUCGUGUUUUCAGGGGUUUCUUGCUCAAGGAUUGCAGAGGACUUCUGCUGGUUUGGGUAGUGUCAUAAUUGACUCGCAGCCUCUGACAGUGGCUCUACUUGCUAACGUGUUAUUUGGUGAGUCCAUUGGGAUUGCUGCAGCAUCAGGCCUUGUGCUUGGCGUCAUAGGCCUUUUACUUCUUGAGGUACCUACUCUGGCAUUUGAUGAAAGCAAUUUUUCUUUGUGGGGAAGUGGAGAAUGGUGGAUGCUUCUUGCUGCUCAGAGCAUGGCAGUUGGCACGGUCAUGGUUCGUUGGGUUUCAAAGUACUCUGAUCCUAUUAUGGCAACUGGAUGGCAUAUGAUUAUUGGUGGUCUCCCUCUUCUCGCAAUCUCUGUUCUCAACCAUGAUCCUGCCUUCAGUUUGAGUCUUAAGGAGCUGACAGCAAGUGACAUAUCAGCGCUUCUUUAUACCUCUAUUUUCGGAAGUGCUGUCAGUUAUGGGGUGUACUUCUACAGUGCAACAAAAGGUAGCUUGACAAAGCUCAGUUCCCUCACAUUCCUAACCCCAAUGUUUGCUUCAAUCUUUGGGUGA